GCAAAGCUGAACUGAACUGAAAACGCCAGUCGCUAUUCAGACGUCAACCGGAACGGUCGCCCGCCCGCCCUCGCCUCUCGCUAAAACAUCGCUAUUUCUCAAACUUAACCCGCCCAUCGCAUACUAUGAAAACUAAAAUUCGACCCAGUGUAUUGAAUAAAAAAUAAUUUAGACUGAAUAAAAAAAUACUGCUUGAAUUUUCGAGGGUUUAAAAUACAAAAAACAAAAGUGUUUUAAAAGUUUUUUCUCCAUCAAAUGGUCGUGUUUGUGAGUUUUAAUUCAAAAUAGGUGAUCUAUCGAAUAACGGCCAUGAAGAAAUUUUAUAUGAAGAAGCUAAUGUUACUAACACUUGCGCUCGGUACAACGUGAAUUCAACGUUAUGCGCACUUUACAUAGAGCGCGUUUUGACGGUCCUAAUGCCCUUUUAUGAUCAAAUGAGGGUCGAGGCCAGCAUGAACCUCACUCUAAAUGCGUCAGCGAAAUGGGUCAUAGAAGCUUCCAGAGGCAUCCAGAACCCCAACAGUCUUCUAGAGAAGUUCUCACAGAACAGAAAGGUCGAUGACCCGACCAGAGCGUUGCUUCUCACGUUCUAUGGGAUCCUGGUAGUUAUCGGCGCUGUUGGAAAUGCACUCGUUGUUAUAUCGGUAGUCCGCAAGCCAGUGAUGCGGACAGCUCGCAACAUGUUCAUAGUGAACUUGGCGGUCUCCGACGCGCUGGUCUGCUGCAUCGGCACCCCCCUGACCCUCAUGGAGCUGCUGACGAAGCACUGGCCGCUGCCCGACUGGCCGAGUCUUUGUAAAGCUUGUGGUGCCAUCCAGGCGAUAUCGAUUUUCGUGUCCACGAUUUCGAUUACCGCGAUCGCGCUGGAUCGGUAUCAGCUGAUCGUGUAUCCAACGCACCGCAGUCUACAGACCAUGGGAGCCAUCGUCACGAUGGCCGGCAUCUGGCUGACCGCUUUCACCCUCGCCUCACCCCUCUACAUCUUCCGAAGCCUCAAAACCCACAAACUCGGCCUCAUCGGCAUAGACUCGCUGAGCUUCUGCAUAGAAGACUGGCCCAUCGAAAACGGACGAGCCAUCUACUCCGUCUUCAGCCUCAUAUUCCAAUAUCUCCUGCCAGUUCUAGUCGUUAUCAUAGCGCAUGUACAAAUCCACAGACGCCUGAGAGGAAGAAGACGAACCACUAGGAAGACGCCAGCUAUACUCAUAGCUAUCGCAGCCACUUAUGUCAUCAGCUGGCUGCCUCUCAAUGUGUUCAAUUUAGUCGCAGACUUCAACUCUCCCGAUCCUAUUCUGGACGAGAACAGUAUGACGAUCACGUAUGCCGUCUGUCAUAUGUUCGGGAUGUCCAGUGCGGUGUCCAACCCGCUUCUAUAUGGAUGGCUGAAUGAUAACUUCAGGAAGGAGUUUGAGGAGAUCCUCUGCUGUGGACGAAGGAAAGGGGUCAUGAAGAAGAGUUCUAGGAAUAAUAAUAGGAAGCUGGACACUGAGCUGACGGCUCUCCAGAUGGAGCACACGGUGGUCACGGCCAACACGAAGACCUCUCAAUGCUCGCAAAUUUUCUGACUAAAGAGCUGCUUCAAAUAGCAAGAGCCGCACAGUGUCGAAAUGCAGAGUUUCUGAAUCGAAUGUCAAUUGACCUUCUACAUUAUGUGAUACAAGUUCUUGGUGGUGAAAUAAAAACGGAUUGAUUUGUGUGCUUCUGUUAUUUGACUCUUGUACUCUUGUGACUGUCGUUAAUUUACCAGUGUUCUCUACUAACACUUGCGCGUGAAUACGUUCACAAGUGAAAUUAAACUAUCGUUAAGUUAUCGAUAUAGUUUCGUUGUUGUACUAUGUUAUGUACUGUAUACUAUGUAGCUUUACCCUAUUUAAAUAAAAUAAUAAUCUUGCCGUAUGUUUUACUGAGCCCAAAACAUACGGUUAGAUUAUUGAUACACUUGUAAAUAUGUAGAAAUAAGGUUCUUCAAUUGUUUUGUAAAUGAAAUAAGGAAACGGUAAAUAUUGUUAGAGAGAAAUGUUUUUUCAAAGAAUAAAUCAUUUCACAUCUG